CUUACAGAGCAUAAAAACACUGAGCUGCUGCUGCAGCUUCAUGAACUUUUAAACUGCUCAUCUGCUUCUUCAGUUAAGCAAAGUGCACGACCUCUGCUGCCAGCAUGAAGAAGAAGAUGCCACCAUGUAUAAUUGUACUUCAGAUUCUUGCUGUGUUCUUCCUGCCGGGAGCGUGGGCUCAGAGCGGCAGCAGCAGCAGCAGCAGCAGCAGCAGGCUUGGUGUUGUGGUGGAGGCCAAGAACAUCACUCUCCCAGCCGGGUCUAAGGCUGUCCUUCCCUGCCACAGCACACGCAUGAUAUGGACACACGACAGGCUCAAGGACCGUCAGAGGGUUGUGCACUGGGACUUGUUUCGAAGCACCCCAGAAUAUUCUGUGGAGCGAAUCGUGGACAUGUCACCAGGAGCUCGCUUGAGGGUCUACAACAGCUUCAACAAGGGCCGCGUUUCUAUCCCAGACUCUGCCUUCAGUGAUGGAAAUUUCUCACUUGUCAUUAACAAUGUGAUAUCGACUGACAAAGGAGUUUACACUUGCAAUUUGCAUCACCAUUACUGCCAAAUUCAGCAGUCCAUUCAAAUCCAGCUCAACGUCACCAAGUCCGCUCGGAAGGAGAAGCGUUACUGGGAUGGAGAGAGGACGGUAUUUGUGGUCUUGUUGGGCAGCUCUGUAGUCCUUCCUUGUGUAAACCGCCGCCCGCUGUGGAGGGAGGGCCUGCUGGAGGACCAGCAGCAGGUGGCCCACUGGGAUUUCCAGCCACCUGGUGUGCGCCCUGACAGAGCUGACCGACUGGUCGAUCUGUACGGCUCCGGGGAGCGAAGGGAUUACGGACCUCUCUUUUCACAGAAGAUGAGUGUGCUCGAAGAUGCUUUCACCUUAGGGGACUUUUCACUGCAAAUCUCGGACUUGAAGCCUGUCGACAAAGGCCUUUAUUCCUGCCAUCUGCACCACCACUACUGUGGUCUGCACGAGAGGCGCAUCUUCAGACUCUCCGUGGGGCCUCCCCUUCCUCUUAACCCAACUGAAGAAUCAGGCGUUUUCCAGAACAACAUUGAACCAAUCGCUUUUCUGCCUUCAGGCACAGAAGAGGUGUUGCAACACAGAGAGAGUCCACAUGUCCUCAACGUUUUCCUGCCUGAACAUCAAGGUCACUUUGUGCAGUAUUUGGGAUACAUCUUGGCAACAUUCUUGCUGCUUAUUUUCAUCGUUGUCAUUAUCAUUGUGUUGACCAGGCGACGCAAAAAGAGAGAGCUGGAGUAUGAACUGGCCAGAGCUGUAAGAGGGAGUGUGACCACAGGAGGGGAAAUAGCUUUAGACUACUCGGAGCCGAAGAGCUGCAAUCAAGAUCCCAUGAAUUCAGACUACAAAAACAACUUACUGAAAGAAAAAGACAUGGCCAAAGACUGCAAUAAGGAUUUUGAUGGGAAGAUGUGGAACUGAGUGCAAUAUUUCGAAGAUGCUGCUGGCAGGUCCAGAGCAAAAACCAAAGGAGAAAAUGACGGUGGAGGAAAAAAAUGAAAGGAACACCAGGAAAAAAAGGCAAUCCAUAACAGGACAGGAGGAAUGCUCCCUCUGCUGUAAUCCAACGACAAGACUGUUUUUCUUUAAAUUGCAUUGCCAAGUUCCUUAUUUUUUUAAUUUCACAUUUAUGGUAGCAUAACAACAUGCUUUGAUAUAUCAUUUGUUUUUGCAUUCAUUUUGAUGUAAAGAAGACAUUAUUUUUGAAUCUUCCAUUUACUUUUACUUUAUGAUGCUCACACUACUUUCAUUUAGCUUUGAGGACAUUCCCAGGGUAGCAAGCUAAUUUCCCCCCCCAUCUCUUUUUUCCUUAUUUUAUUGUACUGUAAUCAACAAAAGGCAUUUUUCAGAAGUUUAUUUACUGUAUGUAAACAUUUUCAGGAUAUUUCUACUGUUAACAACUAAAAUCUACUUUUAGCUUAUUUCUGGUAUUGCAAAAUAAUGUUUUCUUUUUUGCAUAUUUGUUCCUAUUAAUAAAGCAUCAAAUUCACAAGACAUGAACUUUUAAAAACGUUUUUACCUACAGGUAUUUUUCAGGUUUCAGGUGAACUGAUCACUUUAUCUGCAGCAGCUCAGGAAACAUAUUUUAAUCAUUCACAAUAUGAAAAUUGCCUCAAUUAACCAUGUAGAACAUUGAAAGUAAGGUUAAUUUGACACUGAAUUUUUAUGCAAUAUUCCCCUCCAAAACGGCAUUCUUGCUACAAACCUGUAUAGCUGUAACUCUGUUAUGUAUGAGGGUGUUUUGUGUCUCCAACAUAAAAAAAAUGUACCUCGUCUUUGUCACAAUUCCCCUGUGAUUUAGUGACUAGAUGAGUAUGGAAAACAAAAUGAAUAAAAAAUAGUAAGAAAGCA